UUAAUCUAUCUCGUGGUUGGCAUCCACUUCGACGACCACUACCACUACCUCUUACGUCGGAGACGCAUCCCGACCCCAUUUCCCUCCUUAUUAUUCACUCAGCCUGUGUCAGCGCGCUCUCUUCCAAGGACCGGAUCCUCCCGUGUCUAUCUGCUGUACAUUAACUGCUUGCGCAUCCCCUCUGUUUCGCUUCUGUUGAUAACCGUCGCUGUCUACCCACUAUGUCUAUUGUUCUCGACCCCCCCGAGCUGGGCUUCAAGCGCCCCUUCGACCGCGAGGUGUGCCAGAUCUUGCACUUGAAGAACGAGAAUGAAGAGGCGGUGGUCUUCAAGGUCAAAACGACUGCCCCUAAACACUACUGCGUUCGCCCGAACUCAGGCCGCAUAGAACCCGGAAAGCAUGUGGACGUUCAAGUUCUCCUCCAGGCCAUGAAGGAGGAGCCCACCCUCGAUGCCAAGUGCAAGGAUAAGUUCCUCGUCCAGACCGUCUCGGUGACUCGUGAUAUGGAGUUUGCCAAUGUGACUUCUAUUUUCGAGAAAGCCUCCAAAAAUGCCCUUCAGGAACGCAAGAUCCGUGUGAAUUGGUUGGCCCCCGAUGAUACCCCGGUUCCUGAGCAGAGCGCCGAAACGAACGGUACCGUGCCGGAAGAAGAAGCCCCAGCCUACACCUCUCCCAGCGCACACUUCCAGACUCCUGCAGCCGCCGUUUCCUCCAGUGCCAACGACACGUCACCGAUCCCACCGCCAGAUUUCAGCGAUAAGCCCAAGCGGGAAGUGUCCACCCCACAGACGAAUGAGGGCCCAGCCACGUCUACAAAGUCGCCCACAGUAGCCAGACAAGCCCCUAGCUUGAGCGACGACCUGAAAUUCCAACUGUCGGAAGCCCAGGCGCAGAUCCUGGCGCUCAAGGAAAAGCUGGCAGACCAGGGCCUGAGGCAGAGGAAGAUCGGAGGCGAGGCCGAGAAGGCGCCGGCGCCACUGGCGCAGCAACAGCCACAGUCUACCGAGGCAGGCGUGCCGCUGCAGAUGGCCGCUGGGCUGUGCCUGCUAAGCUUCCUGAUCGCAUACUUCUUCUUCUAGUCAUUGACUGCUACGUCGUUUCUUAGCAUGUCCGUCCCAUGCGCUUUCUUCUUCUUCUCCCCAAACCAACUGUAUUCUCUUCUUCUGAAGUCACCGAUUUCCUUUGCACUUUUGAACAGCUUCGUCGACAUCGGCAGUCCAUGGUGUCCGUGUCCGUGUCUUUUCUCCUUUCGACUACUUACUACAA